AUGGCGUCCCAUACAGUUAGGAUGAAGCUUAUAUACAACGCCCCAAGCUCAACAAUGACAAGAGGAAUAUGGCUCGUCAUCACCUCUCCUUCAAUUUUUAAGGUUCUAUGUUACCUAGUCCCUUUUACUGUAGUAGUACCAUCAGUGGCAUUCCGGAGCUAUACAACUGCUGGAGAUACGGUGGGUCCUUUCAACGGGGCCCCGGUCUCAGUGGAGCUGCAGACAACGAUGACGAUUACUGUCAAGAUGAAGAAGAGUCUUAUCUACGCAGAGGGUCGAUACAGUGAUAAAUUCCAACAAAUCUAA